UGUAAUUUGAUUGUUUAAGCCAAUUCAUGUUUAAAAACCGUUAUAGGAUGGAACAAAGAUUAUUUUAGGUAUAAUACCGGGGUUUUGAUGUGAAUAUUAUACCGUUUGUGACCAUCUAACAUGAUCAACAAAAAAGGAUAAGUACGUGUCAUAGGCCUGUAAAUUUCACAUUUAAUCCGUUUUGCAAUAUUUACUGUAAAGCCUGCAGAUUAAUCAUGACGCGUCGCCCCUCAGUUUGUCAGUGUUUGCCGUUUCUGUGCUGUUUUCUCUCCCAGUUGCUGAGAGCUCUAAGAUGAUCACUGGAUUUGCUGGGGAUAACGUGACCCUGCCGUGCUCCUACGAUACACGCAAGUACGGGAGAGUUGCUGUAUGCUGGGAGAGAGGUGAAAUAGCUGUUUUCACCUGUAAUGAUGAAAUCAUCGCGACAGAUGGAUUUAAAGUGACACGGAGAACAUCACCCAGGUAUCAGUUAAUCGGUGACCUGAAUCAGGGUGACGUAUCUCUGACCAUCAUCAGUGCUGAGAUGGGAGAUUCUGGGAUAUACGGCUGUCGUGUGAAAAUACCAGGAUGGUUUAAUGAUCUGAAAAACCAAGUUACCUUGACUAUAAAGAAUAUUCAUAAGAUCACUGCAUCACCAUCUGGUACAGCCAGCCCAGAGACACAGACUGCGAUCAGUCUUACACCGGGUCAUGAAAGUAGUUAUUCUACAGGAAGUUCGACUGCAAACACACCUCAAGGCAGCGGUCAUGCAGACAGAUCCUUCCUCGUCAUUGCAGUGGUGAUUCUGCUGUUGCUGCUGCUGGUCCUGGUGACAGGUCUCUGGUUACGCAAACGACAACGGCAGAGAGAAGCGAGGACACUGGCUGCAGUGGAACAUCAGGCAGAUGUCUCAGUGCAUUAUGGGAACAUUGACGCCCACAUUGGGUCCCACCCCAGUGGGACGACCAUAGAGAACGUAUAUGAACUAAGGGACUUUGGCGACUGUGAAUACCGUCCUUAAUGCCACCUUGGCAGGUCCAGGCACUGCGGCGGCAGUGACGAGAUGAGAUGGCUUCAGUUACACUGGGGCAUCUUUUUAUUUUCACCAGAAUUUUAAAUAUGUAUUUUUGAAAUUAUGUAUGUAUUGAUCACUGGGAAAAGUGAAUAAUCAUGUAAAAAGUAAGCUGGUCUCAGUUCACCUCUGGGUCUCUGGUCUUCCCCUCCAGGGAACAUCAGGCAGAUGUCUCAGUGCAUUAUGGGAAUGUGGGGGCCCACAUGGGGUUCCACAGCAGACGGAUGGACAAGAAGAAGAUACACUGCCCGGCCAAAAAACAAGUCGCCGUUUGAAUUUAUCGUUGGACGCCUUUAGCUUUGACUAUGGCGCACAUUUGUCAUGACAUUGUUUCCACAGGCUUAUGCAACAUCUCACCCUUUAUUUUCAUCCAGAUUUGCAUUAAUUUCUCACCGAGAUUCUGUGUUGACAAGUGAGU